AUGGCCAUGUUCUGUCGUUCGGGCUUUUUCUUUACGAAAAAUGCUAGCGUGCUUAAUAUCCUUAAGAGCACCAGGGGACUGCGUCUCUCCAUCGUGCCUCCUAAAAGACGCUCUUUUAACAUAUGGCGCUCCUUGGGCUUCAGAGGUUACUCGACUGCCUCAUCUGACCUUGCAGCCAACUCGGUGCCCAAAAUCAACACUGAGCCUUUGAAGUCGGCUUUUUCUUCGAAGAAGCAGCCUCCUGUGGUGUCCAGUAAGGUUACUGGUUACUGGCUUAUUGCUACUUCUGGUUUGAUCUUUGGUAUCGUUGUUGUAGGUGGUUUGACUAGACUUACGGAGUCGGGUCUUUCCAUCACCGAAUGGAAACCUGUCACUGGUUCCAUUCCUCCUAUUGGAGAGAAGGCUUGGGAAGAGGAGUUCGACAAGUAUAAGAACUCCCCUGAGUUUAAGCUCUUGAACUCGCAUAUCACUAUGGAAGAGUUUAAGUUCAUUUUCAGCAUGGAAUGGGGUCACCGCCUUUUGGGAAGAGCUAUCGGAAUGUUCUUCGUUUUGCCUGCCGUUUACUUCUGGAAGACUAAGAAGUUCAGUCCGCAUGUUACUCGCAGAGUGGUGGGUCUUACUGGUUUGUUGGGCUUGCAAGGUUUCAUUGGUUGGUGGAUGGUGCAAAGUGGUCUUGACGAAGAGCAGCUUGCAGAGAGAAGAUCGAAGCCAACUGUCUCUCAAUACAGAUUGACCACGCAUUUGGGCGCUGCAUUUUUGAUGUACUUGGGUGUUCUCUGGACUGGAUUCGAGAUCCUCAAUGAAAGUAAGUGGGUCCAGAAUCUUUCUACAAAGGCCCAGACUGUCACAACACACCUUGCAAAGCUUAAUAACCCUGCAUUAAACCCAAUGAGAAAAAUGUCUCUUGCAUUGUUAGGUUUAACGUUCGUUACUGCCAUGUCUGGAGGUAUGGUUGCUGGUUUGGACGCUGGUCUCAUCUAUAACACCUUCCCCCACAUGGGUGAGGAUUACUUGCCUUCUUACAGAGAGCUCAUGGACUCUGUUUACGCGAGAAAGGAAGACCACUCUGAUUUGUGGUGGAGAAACCUUCUUGAGAAUCCAACCACCGUUCAGCUCAUUCACCGUAUCCUUGCAACCACAACAUUCUUCUCCGUCUUGGGUGCUCACAUGUACGUUAACAAACGCAAGGCACUUAUGCCAGCAAAUGCAAAGAAGGCCAUGCAUACCAUGAUGGGUUUGGUCACAUUCCAAGUCGCCUUGGGUAUUUCUACACUCAUCUAUUUGGUCCCAAUCCCAUUAGCAGCUGGCCAUCAGGCUGGUGCUUUGGCUCUUCUUACCGCAGCCUUAGCUUUCGCCGCUAACUUGAAGAGACCAAGACCACAGACGGUGAAUUACAUCAGCUCUAAAAUGAAGGAGCAAUUACUCAAAAAGAAAUAA